GAGAGAGAGAGACUACUUAGUCAGUCUCCCACUCUUACUCCUACUGUGAGGACUCCCUCCCAACCCUCUCAGUGUCAGUCCACGUUUCCUCCGCUUGGGAUUCAUUGGGAUGGCUUUUUUGUAAACGCAAUGGUGGCCACUUCCAGAGGCUUCGCUUCUCCGCCUGAUUUCAAGCUCACCCGUCUCGGCCUCGCUUUCCAUCCACAUCCCCAACCCCAUCCUUCUACUGCUACUAAUGCCGGCCGCCCGUGGGAUCUCAGGAAGCGCAGGAGGAGACUCUCCCUUCCCAGGGCUGACCCACCCGUAGUCACUCUAAUCACUUGCUGCUGCUCCGACUCCGUUGUUCCGAUUCUCUCCGGAAAGACCGUCGACAAGGCGGACGACCGGCGCUUCGAUUCCAAGAAAAGGGCUCACAGAGCUGCUGGAGUCCAAGCCUCCGCCGCAUUACCCUUCUUCGCUUCGUCUUCCUCUUCUUCUCCUGCUCAAUCUCGCUUCCUGUCCAAACAAGAGAAACACUACCCUCGCUGUACCCCAAGAAACUCCGGCCCGCAAUCUCGUGACAGUCCUCCGAAAAGAGAUACUGGCAUUGCCAAUGAGAAGGAGUGGGGCAUCAGCUUGUUAAACGAAAAUGUAAACGAGUCUGGCACCAAUGAAGAUGGCAGCACUUGGUAUCGCGAAAGUGGCGAGGACCUUGGCAACAAUGGCUACAGAUGUAGGUGGACAAGGAUGGGUGGUACCUCCCACGACGCUUCUUCACAAUGGAAAGAAACUUGGUGGGAGAAAAGUGACUGGACCGGAUACAAAGAGCUAGGUGUGGAGAAAUCUGGUAGAAAUGCUGAAGGGGAUUCAUGGUGGGAAACUUGGCAAGAAGUUCUUCAUCAAGAUGAAUGGAGUAAUGUAGCAAGAAUUGAGAGAAGUGCACAGAAACAAGCAAAAUCAGGCACUGAAAAUGCGGGAUGGUAUGAGAAAUGGUGGGAGAAAUAUGAUGCUAAAGGCUGGACCGAGAAAGGAGCACACAAAUAUGGUAGACUUAAUGAGCAGUCCUGGUGGGAGAAGUGGGGAGAGCAUUAUGAUGGAAGGGGAUCUGUUCUCAAAUGGACUGAUAAAUGGGCUGAGACUGAACUUGGAACCAAAUGGGGAGACAAGUGGGAAGAGAAGUUCUUUGCUGGAAUAGGUUCACGACAAGGGGAGACAUGGCAUGUAUCGCCAAGCGGUGAACGUUGGUCAAGGACAUGGGGAGAAGAGCACUUUGGAAAUGGUAAGGUGCACAAAUAUGGGAAAAGCACGACUGGGGAAAGCUGGGAUAUUGUUGUGGACGAGGAGACCUAUUAUGAGGCUGAGCCGCAUUACGGAUGGGCAGAUGUUGUUGGUGACUCUAGCCAAUUGCUGUCAAUUAAACCUCGAGAAAGGCCACCUGGUGUCUACCCUGCCCUUGAUUUUGGAUCAUUGUCGCCUCCGGUUGAUGAACCGCCAGAUGAAUUUUCUCCACAAUGAAAGGUGACCAAACUUAGGUGGUCCAGUUUAGAAUGUGGAUCGAAGUCCAAUUAUAUUGGCUGAAACUCGUCUUUUGUAACGGACAUUUUAGUCUUCAUUUUAUUCAUUCUUUCAGUCGCCACUACGUUUAGUUUUGAGUUUUUAGUUAGGCUGAAUGCUGCUAUAUUUUUUCGCAUUAUUUUUUUGGAGAGUUGCAUUCUACUUCUUCCACACCCGACGGAGAUUUCUGGUAUCUAUAUGUUCUUGCUUGUAUGACCAAAAUACGUUUUCACAAUUUUGAUUCGGUUUUUUCAA